AUGGAUGUCGUCGACCCAGCUGCCACUGGCGGCACCACGAACGGGUCUGUCGACGACAUCUGCCCCGUCUGCAAGACCAUCCGCUACCUGAACAAAGACAUGGUGUUUCUUAUCAACCCCGAGUGCUACCACCCCAUGUGCUCCAACUGCGUCAACCGCCUCUUUGCCGGUCCCAACCAGUGCCCCUACGCCGGCUGCCACAAAACUCUGCGUCGCAAGGACUUUCGGAAACCAUUCUUUGACGACCUUGUUGUUGAGCGGGAAGUCGACUUGCGCCGACGAGUCGCGGCAGUCUUUAACCAAAGCCAGGACGACUUUGAGAGCCUCGACGACUACAACGAAUACCUUGAAAAGGUCGAGUCCCUGACCAUGGACCUCGUCGGCACGGUUGUGCCGGCGCGUCGCGCUGCCGAGGCCGAGCUGUCGCGGUGGGAGGCCGAGCACCGGGCCGAGAUUGACCGGAACCGCCGCCGCGGGGAGCGCGCCGACGAGCUCACAAAGGCGCGCAUGGCCACGGAGAAGGAGGCAGCACGCACUCGCCGGUUGGAAGCCCUGCGCCAAGACGAAGAGGAACGUCGGGCCAAGGUGCGCGCCCACGAGGCCGAUCUCGACAGUCUCAGCAAGGCACCUGACGACGACGGCGGCGUGGCAGCUGGGCGUAUCAUGCUCCGUCGCCGCGGCCAGCAACAGCGUGAGGGGCUCCUCAAUGCCGAGGAGCAGGCCUUGCUCAACCGGGACAACGCCUCCAAUGCACCGGGACUCACGAUCCGUGGUCUCAAGGACAAGCGCAAGAUUGCGGCGGCAGCAGCGGCAGCAGCCGACGGGCCUUACGAUCCAUACGAGGGCUUGGACCCGGCUCCCUCACGCUUCCGUGUGCAGCCCGGUGAGUAUCGCAACACUUGGUUGCAGGGCGCGCGCGAGCACAACAGUCAUGUGGUGGGCGGCUACGAUGUGCACGAGUACUGCGCGCGGGCACUGUUCGAGGCGUUCUCCGGUCUGGCCGUCUUUGUCGACGACGAAAAAGAGACGGGCCGCGAAGGGUCGUCUGCCGUGGGCGUGGCAACGUACGGUGCAUCAUUGGCAGCUGGGGACCCAUCCAAUGUACCCAUCAAGAUGUAG